UAUUGCUUCCGUGAAGCCCGCUUUGAGUCAAUGUUUCGCGAUUUGCGAGAAGAGGUUGAAGCCUCCCGCCGAUUCCGGGAACUCUCGACCAAUUUAGUUUAGCUGGCUGCUACGUGGAAGAAGACGAGGGAGUUAUUAUAUAUGAUAAAUGCCUUUUUUAUAAGCGGAAUUCCGAAUUUUUGCAUGCGUGAUAGAUGCCAUUUUCAUAAACAGAAUUCUGCAUUUUCGAGUGGAAAUGGAAAGUUUGGAAUUAUAAAUUGCUGACCGAGUCUGAUAUAUUCUAUCUGUUUAAUAGAAAUAGAUAGUAUUUGGAAUCAGAUGUAAAAACAGCAUAAAAGCAGAAGGAUUGUUUUUUUAUGUAGUCAGAUAUUUACAAAGUUCAGAAAUGUACUGAAAUAUUGCAAAACUACGGAUAACUAUCCUAACUUGGCAUAUAAUUGAGAAGCCAUCGUUGCGAGUUUUUGAUGUGAAAAUUCAUUGUACGGCAUUACGUUUUAUAUACACACUGCCACUAUGAAUCAAGAUGAUGAACAGAGCAUCUUAAGUGAUGAUUUGCCGGAAUACCUUUUUUCAGAUUCCGAUUCAGAAAUGGGGACGGCGGUGGACGAGGGGCACUUUCAGGACAGAAUCUACGUUCACCAGCUCAACUUAACCUCCGCAGAUGUCGCUCGCCGGCAGCUGGAGAAGGAGAUGGUAGAUGAGGAGAAAAGGAAAGUCAAAGAAAUGAAGGAGAUCAAAAGAAGGCAGCGGGAAGAGGAGAAGAAACGGGACAUGGAGAUGCUGCUCACUUACAAUCCUUGGGGGAAACCCGGCGCCGGAGCAAAAGGGGAGGACUCGAAGCGCAAAGUGUAUCCCGAGGGAAGAAUUCCCGAAAACCCGGAGGACGGUCCACUCGAAGAAUUCAUUCAGAAAUUCGGACGUCCGGGAAACGGAGCUCCGAACAGGACCGAAUCCGGUCGAAUCCGGACUCAGAUAACGGGUGAUCCGGCCAUUCGCUUCCAAGACACGCAACACGUUCGCCUCAGCAUUGAAAAUCAGCUUCGAUACAAAAACGAAGACAAGGAAAACUACAGGAAAAACAUAGAUGAAAUGAUUCAGCACAAACUGCAACUGCAGGAGCAGGAAAAGGAAUGGGAAAACAAAAAGUUGGACGAAAUGAGAGAACUCUAUCCUUUCGGCAAAAAGGCAAACAAUGGUGGGUCAUUCCUAUCUCAUACAGACCCAAUGUUUAUGCCAACAAAGCCGAAAAAAAUCAUCAUCAAAGAUGACGAUUUCGAUCCGUGGGGCAAAGGGUUCGGGAAUCCAGCUUGGGACCCGCAGGGAAACGUCCAGAGGCAUAAAUUCGCCCCUUCUGCCGAAGAAGGAAUUCCGGAUCCUCAAGCAGAGAGUGACAUGACUUUGGGCUUGAGGAAGAACCGAGGCGGUGAUGGAGCGCCCCACUUCACGGAAAGUGGUCAUCCCAGGACGAGGCUCAAAAACACUCUCAAGAAUAUCAAGGCCAUGGGCCCUCACAUCGAUGACGAGCACGAAGUGUAUAACCCUUGGGGAAGACCGGGCGCCGGAGCACCGUUUCAAAGAGAAGACAGCAAACCUUUAGAGGAAAAACUAGGAUGGUCGAUGACUGGGCACCCGAAAAAAAGGAGCAAAGAUGCAAAACAAGAAUAUAUGAACACAUUACAGAAAGAAAUGGAAGAAAGAAAGAAAAAGGAGCAAGAAGAGAGACUGCAGAGUCAAGAGCCGAUUGUUCGAAUUCGCCCACCCCAACGGAUGAGUAAAGGACAACCGGGCGUAGAGCUGGCGAGUAUCAUUCGUCAAGGGGUCGGAGGCCGACCCAGAAAGGACCCGGUAACCGGAGAACUCCUUCCUAAUCCCAGGAAGAUCACGGAUGUCACCCAGAAGAGCCUGGACAUCCGUCGCGCCAAGUCGCAGGAGAGCCUCGUCUACUUCAACGAGCUGUCGGAGCAGGCGGCGCAGCGGCAACGGAUGAGGCAGCAGCAGAAGAUGGCGGAGAGAGCUCAGUCGGAGAAGCACAUGAGCACAUGGGAUUCGUUUUGGGGUCGUCCGGGGCAUGGAGCCCCUAUCAAGAGUGAAAACCACAAGAAGGAAAAUCUAAUCAAUCUUUUGCAGUCAGAAGCUGCCCAGCCUUAUGUCAAGCACUACGUGACAGAGAUCGUUCCCAGCAAACAUAAAAACAGAUACGAGUUCCCGACCAAAGAUGUGAUGGCCAUUAAGAAGGACUACGAAUUCAGGACACCCUUCCCUGCUACAGAAGCCUGAUUCUGAUCGGAGUGGAAAUCUUAAAAAUGUCAGCUGUUUGUCGAGACAUUUUAAAAACACUGUAUUUUUCCCGUGGAAGUCUCAACCGAAGAUUGCAUCACACGAGAGUAAUAUUAUGAAAGAAAGCAUCUAUCUUGAAUCUACGGAAAUGAAGUUGCUUUCCAUUCACUCUCGAAACGCUUCUUUAUUUUGGGCCUGUCGUGUUAUCUGUGUCAUAUUGCAUUUAUUAAAAUUAAUACUUAAUUAAUAUAAUGAAUGUAAACUGUGAAAACUAUUACAAAUAUACAAUAGAGUUCCUUUCAUCAUUACAGGCAGAUAAAUUUGUUUAAUGCUGCAUCGUUCAGUAUUUUUUUAAAUCAAAAUGAUUUAAUACAAAAUAUAUUCAGUUUUAUUAAAGUUUUGUUGUGAACAUCA